AGGGAGUGGAGAGUGCGCGCGCGCGGCGCGAGUCUGGACGGCCAUUGCGAAUAACUUGUACGAAGCUGCGAGCGCGAUUCCGUGUCGUACGGCACACAAGUGAAAAAUUUCGGUGAACCGACGUUUAUCUCCGUAUUAAAGUGCCCCGUGUCAAGUUUGGAACGCGCACGACACUCCGGCCCGAUGGCUGAGACCGACAAAUUGAACAUCGACAACAUCAUAGCUCGUCUCUUGGAAGUACGAGGAGCAAGACCAGGUAAAAAUGUUCAGUUGACAGAAGUGGAGAUUAGAGGACUGUGUCUCAAGUCACGUGAAAUCUUUCUAUCACAACCCAUCCUUUUAGAACUCGAAGCACCAUUGAAAAUAUGUGGUGAUAUUCAUGGACAAUAUUAUGAUUUGUUGCGAUUGUUCGAGUACGGUGGUUUUCCUCCCGAAAGCAACUACCUUUUCUUAGGAGAUUACGUUGAUAGAGGGAAACAAUCGUUGGAGACUAUUUGUCUCCUUCUUGCCUAUAAAAUCAAGUAUCCAGAAAAUUUUUUCUUGUUAAGAGGAAAUCAUGAAUGCGCGUCCAUUAAUAGGAUAUAUGGAUUUUAUGAUGAAUGUAAACGUCGUUACAACAUUAAACUAUGGAAAACGUUUACCGAUUGCUUCAAUUGCCUACCUGUUGCUGCGAUAGUAGACGAGAAAAUAUUUUGCUGCCAUGGAGGCUUGAGUCCAGAUCUGCAAAGCAUGGAACAGAUCAGACGUAUCAUGCGACCGACAGAUGUACCUGAUCAGGGAUUACUCUGUGAUUUAUUGUGGUCUGAUCCCGAUAAAGACACUAUGGGUUGGGGCGAAAAUGAUCGCGGUGUAUCGUUCACUUUCGGCGCAGAAGUCGUUGCCAAGUUUUUGCACAAGCAUGAUUUUGAUCUUAUAUGCCGUGCGCAUCAGGUGGUGGAAGAUGGUUACGAAUUUUUUGCCAAACGACAGUUGGUGACUCUGUUCUCGGCUCCGAACUACUGCGGCGAGUUUGACAAUGCAGGUGCCAUGAUGUCGGUGGACGAGACUCUCAUGUGCAGUUUCCAAAUUUUAAAACCGGCCGAUAAGAGGAAAUUCACUUACGGUGGUCUCAAUGCUGGACGACCUGUGACGCCACCGCGGGGUGCGAACAACAAAAAUAAGAAGAAGUGAAGUCCUUAGAUUUAUCUUAUCGAAUGCAAUGCUUAGGACUGCUACCGCCCAACCCGACAUCUAUCGAGACAUUAAGACCUUGUGUGUGAGAGAGAGAGAGAGAAAGAGAGAGAGAGAGAGAUGAGUUAUAAUAAUAAUUAUUAUUAUAUUAUUUUUGAUUGACUACGAAGCCUGUGUGGAAAUAAUUACAUCUUAUCGGAAAAUCCGGAGGGGCGUUGCUUUUCACAGAGUUUAUCAAAAGUAGUAAGUAAUAGUGCAUAUGUUGUAGCUAAAUGUGUUACCGUAUAAAACAAAAUAGUAGUGAUGAAAUCAAUCGAUCGAUCAUAAAAUUAGAGAGAAUUUUACGUCGUGGUUUUCACGACAUUCUUAACAAUUGAAAAGUAAAAAGUAGAAAGAAAGAAAGACAGGCACUUUCGCUAUAUAAUUCGUCUUUCCUAUUCGUCAAUCGUAACAUCUACAUCUUGUAGCUUGUUCAUCGUUUGCAUUUACACUCGUCAAGUGUCUGAUUAAUCGAGAAAAGACGUGACAUUUUUUUUUAUCACUUUACGCUGUGAAAAAAAUCGAUAUGAUAAUUGUGUCACACAUAUACGCAUACACUCACGUGCACGCUCUCGUUUCAUUAUGUAAGUAUGCUGUUAACGAAGAUAUCGAUACACAAAUAAUAAAGUAGCCAUCAUCUAGACUUAAUUCCCUAAAGUAUAAUAGAUAUUUAUAGCUUGGUACUUGUGUAAGUUGCACAAAUUUGUAAACGACAUCUAUUACGUCAUACCUACUUUUAUAAAUAUACAUUUAUAUAUGUGUGAAUUGUGAGAUACAGAGAGAGAGAAAGAGAGAGAGAGAGAGAGAGACGAGAUUUUGUUUCAAGAGCAAAUGUGUCGAAGUAUUAACGGAUUACUAAUAUACACAUUAUAUUGUCUCGCGAUGAACGGGAAUAUUUAUAUCGCAGUUAUUAUGGUGGCAAAGCUUCUCUGGAUUAUUUUAAUUUUAACGAUGCUACAAUAUCUCCAUAUAUAAACGGGGAGAAGGUUUUAAUCAUGUGGUGUAAAUGAGCACAUGCGCAUCAUAUAACGAUUGAUGUCAUUGAUGAUAGGCGAUUCUAAUUUUCGAAAUAAUACGAAAAGGAAGAAACCUUUUGUAGUUGGAGCAUUUUUCAUCACCCGCUCGUGACAGUCCUAUAACAGGAUCAUUACUAUUGUUAAUAACACACACACACACACACACACACACACACCACACACACACACCCACACACACCUCUCUUCUUUUUCUCUCGCUCCCCUACAUUCAUUCACAUUCGUUUUAUUCACUUUCCCUUUUUUAUUCCACUCCUAAAUGGUCUUAUUAACCACAAUUGACCACAAUGCACAGAUUCAUCAUCGAUAGUACGGAAGAAAAACACGAUAGCUACGAAAAACUUAUCUGACGCGAGGAUUUUAUCAUGGGAUCUUGAGAUCGAUCAUGUUUAGCUUCCUUUUCUUCAUACUUGUACAUUUCUUUUUUAUAAAUAAAAUUCACAUAAAAACAUG